AUGAUGGCAUGACCACCAUUUAAGAUUUGGUGAGAGAGGAUGUCAUAGUGAAACCGCAUCAGCCACUGGACCUGUUCACAGUAUUGGAAUUAACAGAAUCACAUUGUCGGGUUGGGUGUGUUGAGUGUAUAUGAGAGCUUGUACGGGUGAGUCUGUGCAUGGUGCUGGUGGUAAGAGCUGGUCCUACUUGAAGAUACCAAAGUGAGGAGAUAAAGAGAGGAAGAAAAUUGUGUUCAGAAUGAAGGCUUUGCUUUGGGUCAUUUGGAGCUACUGGCUUCUCAUUUUCACAGUGGCAUCAGAGGCUGAACGAAGGCUCCAAGAGGAUUUGUUUAAUGAUUACAACCUGAAGGUGCGUCCAGCACGUACCUGGGAUGAGAGAGUGAUGGUCAGAGUGGGAAUGACUUUAGUUCAACUCAUCAGCUUGAACGAGAAAAAUGAGGAGAUGACAACCAAUGUGUACAUGAAUAUGGCAUGGGUUGAUUACAGGUUGUCAUGGAAUCCUGAGGAUUAUGACAAUAUUGAUGUUGUGCGAAUCCCUCCCACAAAAGUGUGGCGUCCAGACAUCUACCUUAUCAACAAUAAUGAUGGUCAGUUUGAUGUUGCCCUGUAUGUAAACGUGCUAGUGAAAAGUGAUGGAACUGUCUCGUGGUUACCACCAGCCAUCUACCGCAGCUCGUGUUCCAUAGAGGUGGCGUACUUCCCAUUUGACUGGCAGAAUUGCACAAUGGUGUUUCGUUCUUAUACAUAUGAUUCCUCAGAAGUGAAUCUUCAGUAUGGUCUAGAUGAAGAUGGCAAGGAGCUUCAUGAGAUUGUGAUUGAUGAAAAUGCGUUUACUGAGAAUGGAGAGUGGCAGAUUUGUCACAAACCGACUAGAAAGAAUGUCCAGGGUGAUCUCUAUGAGGACAUAACUUUCUACCUGAUCAUCGAGAGAAAACCUCUGUUCUACAUUAUUAACAUCAUUGUGCCCUGCAUCCUUACCAGCGUGUUGGCCAUAUUUGUCUUUUAUCUGCCACCUGGUGCAGGUGAGAAGAUGACUCUGUCCAUCUCAAUCCUCAUCGCUCUCACUGUUUUCAUGCUAUUGUUGGCUGACAAGGUUCCAGAAACAUCUCUUGGCAUUCCUAUAAUUGUUAACUACGUCAUGUUCACCAUGAUCGUGGUGACGUUCUCAGUCAUUCUCAGCGUGGUGGUCCUAAACCUCCACCACAGGACACCCAGCACGCACCACAUGCCACUGUGGGUCAGAAAGGUGUUCAUCAACUUCCUCCCUCGGUACCUGGGUGUGCUGAGACCCCAGCCUGAAGAACCAACAGAGGAAGAGCCCAAAGAAAGCGUCCCUCUAGGUUGUUUGCAACAAGGUCUCAGACCUGGAGGUGAAUACUUCAUCCGAAAGAUCCACCCUGAACUGGUAAUACCCUGGAGGGGAAGUCAUAAUGAAAGCACUGUGAAGUUACAAAGAUUUUCAAACAGUGACAACUAUUGUCUCAUUCUGCCACCCAAUCUCAAAUCUGCCAUUGCUGCCAUCACUUACAUGGCUGAACAACUGAAGAAACAGGAUGUGGAUGAUACUAUGACAGAUGACUGGCAGUACAUUGCUUUGGUGUUGGAUCGCCUCUUCCUCUGGCUCUUUGUCAUCAUCACUACACUGGGCACAUUGGCCAUGUUUAUGGAUGCCAGUUUCAACUACACUCCUGACCAACCAUUUCCCUGAGCAAAACUAUAACUAUAACUAUGCAACCCCACUGUCCAUGAACUCCAAGAAACAACGUGGCUGUAGUUUCUGUGGAUUCACUGAAGAGGGCACCAAAGAAUAAAGAAUUUAUGUGGAACUCAACAAUUUUGUAUUAAUUCAGUGUUCAUUUAACAGAGAGCACUCACACUGUAGCCUUUUGCCUUGGUUAUUGUUUAUUGAUUGUUCAUUUUGUAAAUUAUUGUCUGUAGAAAAUUAAGCUCCAUAGUUUUUGUUGUUAAAUAUAAUCGUACAUUUGAACAGGACAAUAAAACUACACCAACAAAUAUAUAUAUAUAUAUAU